CUAUAAGUAAUUCUAAAACAUAAUAUAAAUUUAAUUUUAAGUAAUAUAAAAUAUUGCAAGGAAUUUGUCACAUUAUUUCAUCGAAUCUGUAUUUUCAUAUUAAUUUACAAAAGUUAGAAAUUAUUUUAAGAAUUGAAAAAUUAAAAUUUUUCCAUUUUGUCAAUUGAAGAUUAAUUCCAUCUAUUAUUGGUAGAUAGUAUACCAAUAUUUUAACAAUUAAACAAUUUUCUAAAUUAUUUAUAAAAUAAUUAGAUUAUGUAUAAUUAAUUAAAUUUAUGUAUAAUUGUAAUUAAUAAAUACUUUUAUUUUAUUUCAAAUAGUAAAAAAGGGUAUGUUUCUUUAUGAUAAAUAUAAAUCAAGAAAAAUAUUAAAUAUCAUCAAAAAUGCAGAAAGAAUUAAAUAAUAUAGUUGAAAAAUCAUUACAAAAAGCUUAUGAUCAUGAUAGAACUGGGAAUGUAGGAAAAGCAUAUGCGUAUUAUACUGUUGUAGCAGAAUUAUGUCCUAGAAAAAGAUCAGAAAUUGAAGAAGCAUUUGUUGAUGUUCUUUGUCAAUGGGGAAUUCAAUUAGCAGGAGAAAAUAGAUUUGCAGAUGUUUUUUUAUGUUACAAGCGUUCAUUAGAUAUUUAUCCAAAUAAUUCUCGUAUGUUAAAUAAUUUUGCAGCUCAUCUUUUAAGGAAUAAUGAUCCAAUAGAGGCAAUAAAAUUCUUAAAGAGAGCUCUGCAAGCCAAUCCUAAUUUUUUACCUGCUGAAAGGAACUUGCAAAAUGCAUUUAGCAUGGCUGUAGAUAGAUGGCAUUUUCCAAUGUUGAAUGAUAAACAUAGAAAUGCUGCAUUUGAAUGUGUAAUUCGUAAAAGAAUUGCUCAAGGAUAUGAUACUGUAUUAGAUGUGGGAACUGGUACAGGAUUAUUAAGUUUAUAUGCACAAAAUGCAGGUGCCAAAGAAAUUUAUGCUUGUGAAUGUUCACCAGUAAUGUUAAAAAUUGCAAAGAAAGUAUUUGAAACUAAUGAUGCUAAGAACAUAAUAUUAUUACCUAAACUUUCUUCAGAUCUUGUAAUUCCUACAGAUAUUAGAGAAAGAGUAAAAUUAGUAGUUACAGAAACUUUUGAUGCUGGUUUAUUUGGAGAACAUGUGAUACCAUCCAUGAUAAGUGUACAUUUAAAUGUUUUAGAUAAAAAUGGUAUAGUGAUACCAAUGGGAGCUACACUUUAUGUAGCUGCUGUUGAAUGUGAAUAUAUAAGAAACAAAUCAGCUGUGAUUUUUGAUAAAAUAAAACAUUUUUGUCCUUUAAACUUUGAUAAUAUAUCUGUAUUAUUAGAUGAGGAAUACUAUGAUACAGAAAAUUUAAAAAAUGUGGAUGUUACUUACAUAGUAGAACCUACUGCUUUUUUUACUAUUAAUUUUAAUGAUUUAUCAGAUUUACAACAAUUUAAUAUUGAUGGCAUAAAAAACAUAAUAAAUAAAACAUGUAAAUGCAAUGGUACUAUAGAUGGUUUAAUAACAUGGUUUAAAUUACAUCUUGAUGAAGAAAUAACAAUAGAUACCUCAGAAAAGAAAUCAUGUUGGCAAGUUGCUAUUUUUCCUACAAUACCAAAAUUAUUGAAAAAGGAUGAUAUAAUUAUAAUUAAAGGAGAAAUGUUAAAAGGAAAACUUAAAUGUUCAUAUACAUUGAAUAAUUGUCAAUAUGAUGAUUAUGAUUAUAAAUUUUUAUACCGUUUACCAAAAGAAAUUGUAACAUUUUUAAAUGAUACUGAAUAUAUAAAAUUACUUACUGAUGUUAGUAAAUCAUUUAUUAAUAAAGAACUACAUAGUAUUUUAGAUACUUCUCCAUUUCCUAUUUAUGGAUUAAUAUUAUUAAAAGAAAAUAAAUACAGUGAUGUUUUAUAUUAUAAAAAUGAAAAUAUAAUGUUUCAACAAUUUAUUAAACAAAUAGCAGAGCAAAAUGGUCUCAAGAAUAAACUAUGUAUUAUAUCGAAAUAUAAUCAUAUUAAACAUUCUUUAGAUACAAUAUUUAUUCAUGAUUUUGACAUUAAAGGAGAAUUAAAAGAUUAUAGUGAAGAACACAAUCAUGAAUUUUUCAGAUGUUUACUUAAACCAAAUGGCAUUUUAUUGCCUGAACAGAUAUUUUUUGUAGGUCAACUUGUAUUUUCGGAUGAUUUGCCAAAUAUGGUUUAUGUAGAAGAUAAAAAUUUACAAAAUAUAUCAAUUACAUUCAAUACAUCAAAUUUUGAAAAGGUAUAUUUAUAAAAAGAUAUAUUUAACAAUAUUUAU